AUGGCAGUCGAACAAAUUGAUAAAAUGGCAGCUAAAGCCGGAGAAGCUACAAAUAAAUGGAUUAAGCCACAGCAGCCGCUGCUAACGCUUCUGCUGCUCUUGGCCACGUUUAGUCAGCUGCCGGCCGUGUGCAGCAGCAGCAUCUUGGAUGCAGCGAGUCUGCAGGAGAAGGAUCCAUUGAGGGACACCAGCAUGAACAUGAUCCAGCGCAACUACAUGGUGAUGCACUCGGCCAGCGGCUCCGGUGAUCACAGCCGCUCCCUGAAGCGCGCCAAUCUGGCCAACACGAGCAUCACCUGCAACGAUGGCAGCCAUGCCGGCUACUAUCUGCGCAAGCAUCCCAGCUCCAAGAAGUGGAUCGUUCUGCUCGAAGGUGGCUGGCACUGCUUCGAUGUGCGCUCGUGCCGCUCCAGAUGGAUGCGACUGCGCCACCUAAUGACCUCCUCCCAGUGGCCAGAGACGAGAGAUGUUGGAGGCAUUCUAUCGCCCCAUCCCGAGGAGAAUCCCUACUGGCACAAUGCCAACCAUGUGCUCAUCCCGUACUGCAGCAGUGAUUCGUGGUCGGGAACGCGAACGGAGCCGGAUACCAGCGAUCGGGAGAACAGUUGGCGGUUCAUGGGAGCCCUGAUCCUGCGCCAGGUGAUCGCCGAGCUGAUUCCCGUGGGAUUGGGUCGUGUGCCGGGUGGCGAACUGAUGCUCGUUGGCUCAUCGGCUGGUGGCCUGGGUGUAAUGCUCAACUUGGAUCGCAUUCGAGACUUUCUGGUCAACGAGAAAAAGCUACAGAUCACAGUGAGAGGAGUGAGUGACUCGGGUUGGUUCCUGGACAGAGAGCCAUACACGCCGGCGGCAGUGGCCUCCAAUGAGGCAGUGCGUCAGGGUUGGAAGUUGUGGCAGGGCUUGCUGCCCGAGGAGUGCACCAAAAGUUAUCCCACGGAGCCAUGGAGGUGUUACUACGGUUACCGACUAUAUCCGACUUUAAAAACUCCGCUUUUCGUUUUCCAAUGGCUUUUCGACGAGGCCCAAAUGCGAGUGGAUAAUGUUGGAGCACCCGUAACGCCGCAGCAAUGGAACUACAUCCACGAAAUGGGCGGCGCCCUGAGAUCCUCGCUGGACAAUGUGAGCGCAGUGUUUGCACCCAGCUGCAUAGGUCAUGGGGUGCUCUUCAAACGGGAUUGGGUCAAUAUCAAGAUCGACGAUAUAUCCCUGCCCUCGGCGCUGCGCUGUUGGGAGCACUCAACGCGCAGCCGGCGUCAUGACAAGCUCAAGCGUUCCACGGAGCCAUCGACGGCGGUCGCGCAUCCAGCACAUGCCAAUAACCAAAGACACCAGCGACACCGUCAGCGGCUGCAGCGCCAGAAGCAGAACAAUGUGGCCCAAUCUGGAGGGCAGCAGCGUAAGCACAAUCACCUGAGCAAGGAGGAGCGAGAGGAGCGGAAACGAUUGCGUCAGGAGCAGCGACAGAGGCGGAAGCAACGCCGUCGCCAGCAGCAGCAAAAGAAGGCCAAUGGCGGGCAGGAGCAUCGGAAUAAGAAGGACAACAGCCCCAAGUCGAACAAUGGCAAUGAUCAGCGGAAACAGCGAAGGCGCCAGCAAUUGACAGCCGAGGAAAGGCAGGAGCAGCGCAAGCGACGCAGGAAGGCGCAGCAGCAGCAGAUGAAAAUGCAGCGGGAACAGCCGGCGGCGGGAGUUUUCCUGGAAGCGAGUGCGCCCCAGAAGACACGCUCCUCCAACAACGCCUCCGCGGGCACAAAGUCCAAGAAGCGACAUCGCGUACCGCGAGUGCCGGAGAAAUGCGGUCUCCGUCUGCUGGAACGCUGCAGUUGGCCGCAAUGCAAUCACUCCUGUCCCACGCUCACGAAUCCCAUGACCGGCGAGGAGAUGCGCUUCCUCGAGCUGCUCACCGCCUUUGGCUUGGACAUCGAGGCGGUGGCCGCCGCUCUGGGAGUCGAUAUGCACACGCUCAACAAUAUGGAGCGCACCGAGUUGGUCAACAUGCUCACCCAGCAGGCCAACUAGGCUCACCAAAUACCCUGUACCCUCUAGGGGGGAUUCGAAAGUGGGCAUGCAAAUCGUAGGAGAAGGAAAUACUUAAGGGAUUUUAUGCAAAAUUUCUAAGUUUCUAACAAAAAUUGACUUUUUAACUCUGACAAGUUAGUUUAAAAAGCUUGAAUAUUUUUCAAGCUACACAAAAGUUUUGAACCUUAACGAUGUUAGCUAUUCUUUAAAUCAUUUAUAAGAAGUCCUUAUUUUUAGUUUAUAUUAUUUUCGAAAAAAGAGUACCCUACGAUUUGCUCGCACUUUUUGGAGGUCCAUAGAACUCGAGCCACCCUACUGUAAAUAGGCGCCCUGUAUAUAUAUAGUUCGUAGGUGGGGCCGCUCUGUACAUAUUACAUAAUACCACCCAAAAAAAAAAAACACACUCACAUUAGAGGAGACAACUCCAAUUCCUA